AUGGAUGUGCAAAAAAAAUUUUUGUGUCCGAGAUUGGUCGACUAUUUGGCUAUCGUACCGGAAUUAUUACGCCGCUAUCCAGUUGAAGAUCAUAAAGAUUUUCCUCUGCCGCUGGAUAUGGUGUACUUUUGCCAACCGGAAGGUUGUUCUAGUGUUGGGCCUAAGCGAAGUGCUCAGAGAGAUUCAACUUCAUUUACUUUUACUCUCACUGACAAAGAUUCCGGUAAAACACGUUACGGAAUAUGCGUUAAUUUCUAUCGACCAGUCGAGCGUUAUACAUCUACAUCUGGAAGCAGUGUAAUUGGUCCCAGCGACUCUGAGAGGGAAUUCCCAAGUCGCAGAGGAUCCGAUACUCCAUUAACUACCAGGGCGCCUCGCUUGGGAAUCACUGCGCCGAGUUGCGACAGCGAAAGUGGUGGAAGUCAUUCACCGUCACCUCGAGCUUCUCGUCGUCGACAAAGAAUACGAAAUCAUUCAUUAACUUCAUUGUGUAUUAUAUCUCAUCAUCCAUUUUUUUCACGUUUCCGAGAGUGUUUAAAUGUUUUAAAAAAAUUAAUCGAUGCCUGCAAUGAAAAUGCGUUGCCUCAGAAAGUUGGAGUUUCACGGCAGACAAAUAGAGACACUGUCUGGAGUGUAUUGACGUCACAAAGUUUCCAAGGAGCAUCAUCGCUCGUAUUACAUGACGUCCGUGAAAUAGAAACUUGGAUUUUACGAUUACUUAGUGCCCCAGUUCCCGUUCCUGAUAAAACCCGUGUAGAGCUAGAAGUUUUAUCACCCCAAGUUCCGCCGUUAUGUUUUGCGCUCCCAGAUCACACGCGUUUUUCGCUAGUUGAUUUUCCUUUGCAUCUUCCAUUAGAGCUACUGGGGGUUGAAAUCUGUCUCAAAGUUAUGACAUUAAUUCUCCUAGAGCACAAGAUUGUCCUCCAGUCCAGAGACUAUAACGCCCUUUCGAUGUCAGUAAUGGCAUUUGUUACGAUGAUUUAUCCAUUAGAAUACAUGUUCCCGGCAAUUCCUUUACUACCCACGUGCAUGAGCUGUGCUGAACAAUUAUUAUUAGCGCCAACGCCUUUUGUUAUAGGAAUUCCGGCGUCCUUUUUAUUAUACAAAAAAAACUUUCGUAUGCCAGAUGACAUUUGGCUUGUUGACCUAGAUAGCAAUAAAAUUGUUCCACCAAGUGGUAAUCACGAGACAAUACCACCGCUUCCGGAACCCGAAGGCACUAUUUUGAAAAAUCAUCUCAAGCAGUCAAUGCAAUUAAUGGAUCAAGCUGGUUCUAAUAAUAUAAACACGGGGCCACAUCAAUUAUCAUCGAAAACAUCUCCGCAGUCUGGAGUGCCAUCACCAAGCCGUAGAGAAAGCUCAGCUUCUCAUCAAUCUACUCUAAGUGUGAUAUCUUCAUCUAGACAUAGACCAAGUGUCGACCAUGGAAAUUCAUCGCAACAUAGUCCUAUAAGUUCACCCAUAGCGUCAACAGCUUCGAGCCCAAGUCGUAUGUCAUUCAGCAGCCCAGUUGUACAGAAGCCAAAUCAAGCUCAGCAACAGCAACAGCCACCCCAACCAUUCAACCCUUUUAUCUACGGCAAUGACGUCGACUCAGUAGACGUAGCGACAAGAGUAGCAAUGGUGCGAUUUUUCAACUCACAGAAUCUCCUGGCGAAUUUCACUGAGCACACUCGUACACUGCGACUCUAUCCUCGUCCGGUGGUUGCUUUUCAAAUAAAUUCAUUUCUUCGCUCCCGGCCAAGGACUAGCGAGUUUCUGGACAAGUUUGCGAGGACUCAAGCCGUCGAAUUUUUGGCUGAGUGGUCUCUUACGCCCAACAAUGUCGCCUUUCUAAGAGUACAAACUGGCGUAUUUGAUCCGGCGCAAAUCGGAGAUAAGGGUCGCUGGUUUGCUGACUCGCUGGAGCCCAUUUAUUUUUCUGUGUGGGAUGCUUCCAAUUCUCUUAUCAACGCUAUCAAAUCGCUCGAGGAAAUGGAAAACCAGCCGACAGAUGAAAGCGAAUCUGAUUCCGAAGGGGCUGAUAGUACAAGCUCGUCUUAUUCUUCUUUAUCGGAUUUCGUAUCGGAAAUGGCUUCUUCUGACUUAUCUCCCAGUAACCAUCAUUCACAAACAACCCAGCAUCAGAUGUCAUUAUCAGUGGAUCCAAAAAAUCUUUACAACCCUCCAGAAUCAUUACAGUAUCCUGGUAACGAAGAAGACAAUGCAGCGCGUCCUGACAGUCCAACAAGUACUUCUUCUAGUCACAGCGAUCUCAGUAGCCCGAGUUGCAAUAGAGACUCGGAAUUAGAACUAAAUCCUAAAGCUCAGGAACUCUUUCAAGUUCCAAAAAAUAUGCCGCCAAUAAUUCCGAGUUUAGAGCGCCAGCCUAGCAUUGGAAACGUUUUCGAUCGUACACCAAGCUUAACUGGCGUAGGUCCGUUAUUGCUUCGACAAAUGAGUGCAGGGGAAAAUUCUCAAAGAAGGUCCAGCUUGGCAAGUAGUCCCAAAGUAAACGAACGCUCGCCAGCUUCACCGAUCAAUCCAUUCACUCGACAGAAGAGCGGAGAAAAAGUUGAUGGUAAUGGUGUACUUAGACAAUCAUCCCAAGGCUCAUUGUUCGAACAAUUUGCCUCUCAAGCCAAGGAUUUGGUGCGAGAAACUACGAGACAGAGCAGUCAAGACGGGAUUUUAGCACACAUGGACAAGCUCAAGAUCCAGGCGAAGGAAAAAAUUACAGAAGCGGGAGAAGAUAGUCUUUUUGCUCCACUAGAACAUAGCUUAGGGGAAUCCCAGCAGUCCCCAGAACAAAUGCCUCAAUCAGCUCGUCAAUCACUAAAGCGUGAUUCAUUGAACACUCAGUUAGUGGCGUCAGAAACGCGGGGCGGUCGCCGCGAAAUUGGUCGUGAUUUUUUCAGCAACGUCAGCAGCGAUAUUAAUGGAAUAGCCGCGCAAACGAGCAACAUGUUCAGUGAUUUAUUCGGGAGUAAGAACAGCUCAAAUCGAAACAGCAAUAAUUUAUUAUCAGGAGCCCAGAAAGUGAAAGACAAAUCAUCGAUUCCGUCGUUCAGUCCUUUUAAGCGAGGCAAAGGCGGGCUUAUGGAUAAGAGUUCCUUGAUUAAGCACACGAGUAAUAGGAGCGACGCUGAGGAUAUACAACGAGCACAGAACAAUGAACGGACUAAUACUAACAAUGACAAUCAAGCUUUUAUUACUGAAGUUAUUAAUCAGGUUCUCGCUGGAGAGGGAAUAGGAUACUUCAAGUUUAAUAGAUUGAAGAAGCUAAUGGAAGACGAGAGCUAUAGAGACGUCGUUGUUACUAAAUUGAACCGGGGAAUCAAUCGUAAAAUAAGUCCCGAUGAUCAUAUUGAUGACGUUUGUAUAUCUCGGGCAAUUUAUAAAGGAAUGCUUAUGUGCCUUCAAGCAGUAGCCAGUGGCUUAGCUCAUACCUACAGUAAUUACGGCCUCGGUGGUAUGGCAUCGGUAUUUCAAUUAAUGGAAAUUGCUCACACGCAUUAUUGGAGCAAAGAUCUCAAUGACGGGGUUUACGAAGCCCCGCUUAUGCUACAAACGAGUUCAUUUGAGAGUCAUGAAAAUUUACGAAAAAACUCUGCUAAUAAGUCGGAGGUUGUUGAUGUUACUAAAACGCUGUCGUCUCAACAUUUACAUGACGGAUCACAAGUUCAUUUAGAAAUAUCGCAUGCGGUCUCUCCGUCAUCUACCUCUGACAGUAAUCAAUCGACGGCAGAUUUAUUUCUUGAUAUGUUUUCAAAGAAAGGAAAACUAUUAAGUAAACUGGCGUCUUUUGAUUCUGAAGGCGGUAGUCGUACGACACACGGGUCAUCAAUUAUGAGCUUGGGCGGCGAUUCCCCAGACAAUAAAAAUACUUUAUCGAACCACCCGGCAUUCCGGCAGUCACAUCAGUCAACUUUAUCAAUACGUAGUGCUGUUUCUGAUAGCGAAGUUGAGCAGGGUAACAACCGCAACGAAAAGCGAGGGAGUAUUUGGUCUAGUAAAUCAUCCUUAAGUGCUGGAUUUCGAUACCAUGGGGGCAAUUUGUUGCCUACUACAACAACUCCCAGCCCUGAAGCCGCAAGAACUUAUUUAUUUGAAGGUCUAUUGGGGAAAGAAAGAUCACGUCUUUGGGAUCAAAUGCAAUUUUGGGAAGACGCGUUCCUUGACGCUGUAUCACAAGAACGUGACAUGAUUGGAAUGGACCAAGGUCCAGGUGAAAUGAUGGAAAGAUAUAAAAGCCUAAGUGACAGCGAACGUCGUCGCCUGGAACAUGAUGAAGACCGACUACUUUGCACGCUGUUACACAAUUUAACAGCAAUACUGGUGAUGUUAAAUGUCGAAAAAGUGGAGCUGAAGCGGAAAAUUCGUCGGUUGCUGGGUAAAAGUCACAUCGGUUUAAUUUACAGUCAAGAACUUAAUCAGCUGUUAGAUCAAAUCGAUAAUCUGCACGGCAAUGACAUCGAUUUAAAGCCACUGACGUCUCGACAAAUGCAUAGACAGUCGUUUACCGUUCAUGCUGGUACAGAUGCCGACGGCGAGUUGCGUUUUCUAGAGGUUCGGCAUGAUGGAUUAGUAUUACGAUCGGUAAACGGUGUAAUUGUCGAGCGUUGGUGGUACGAGCGGUUAGUUAAUAUGACUUGUAGCCCUAAAAAUAAGGUAUUAUGCUUAUCUAAACGCAAUGGAGAUCAAUUGGAGCUGCAUAAUUAUUACACUAAAAAAAGUAAAGAUCUCUACUACUGCAUAAAAGACGCGAUAGAAAAAGCAGCAGCUCGCGGUCGGGCUAAUCUCGGAGUAGAGCUAGGCGACGAAUUUCCUGUACAGGAUGUAAAAACUGGGGAAGGCGGGUUACUGCAAGUAUGCAUUGAAGGUGUGGGAUUACUUUUUGCCAAUAGCAAGUUUUUUGUAAGGUUUGAACAUAUUCGCAAGUGCUUUACACAACACGGAGGAAUUUUUGUGCUUGAAGAAUUCAAUCCUAAAACACGGCAAAUAAUUCAACAUAAAUAUUUAUCUUCAAUGGCAAGAGAAAUAUGCUACGCAGUAAUUUGUGUGUUUUCCUACUUGGCGACUGGAGUGAAACAGCGAAAAUUAUCUAAACAAGAGCAAGAAUCAAUAUCUAAUACGGGUGUGACUAUAAAAGAAAGAAAAAAUAAACAUACUGACAAUUAA